AUGGCUUGGUGCGCGCCGGCCUGGGAAGAGCUGCAGGCUAGCCUUCCCAAGCAGCAGAAGGCGCAAGCACCAUGGAUGUUUGCAGAGUGCUCGCCAAAGGGUCUCUCGCCCCUCCGAGCGCUGCGACAGGGUCUGUUAACGCAUUGGCCGCUUUCUGUCCGACGACCUGCUACCAGUGAGGACAUCUUGACGUGCCCGAGUGCAGCCUCGACAGAAACACAAGCGCAGCUUGUCCCACUUAAGCGUGCUUUGAAACCACCCGAUCUGUCGAGGCUGCUUCCAAGUUCGAUAUCUUCAGUGUUGCUUAACAGGCGUGAAGAGCGGUGGUUUCUAGAGCAGCUUGGUGGCGAGGUGCACACCUUCGCAGCUGAGGAGGAUCUCCGGCUGCACCUGCUGAAGCCUCCGAAGCUUCCGGGCCAGCAAGAAAGACCUGGUUGCAUGAUCCUGUUCCAUGGCGGGUCCUGGAUGGUGGGCUCUCCUUCACAGUUCUACCAGCACGCCGAGGUUAUCGCCAAAGAUCUCGGAGUGGCAGUUGCAUGCUGCCAGUAUCGUUUGUGGCUGAAGCACCCUCGAGCAGAUGUGCCAUUUGAUGCCAUCAAGGAUGCACAGCGCUGCGUGCGGUUUCUCCACGAUGAGGCCGAUGUCUUGGGCCUGGACAGGAGGAGGUUUGUGGUUGGCGGGCUUAGCGCCGGUGGACAUCUUGCAGCCAUGACAGCGCUGGAAUCUGGCGCAGAGAUAGGGCUUGCAGGACUUGUUCUGUUGAAUCCAGUGCUUGACCUGAGCUUUUCAGCAGGUUGGCGCAGGAGAAAGCCGCUAAUAUGGCUGGGCUCGACACUCCUUCGCGCACGUUAUGGCGAGGAAGCGUUGCAAUCCAAGUCGCCGAUACAUCAGGUUCGCAACCUGCCUUUCCCGACUUUGAUCUUGCAUGGUGAGGAGGACGACGUCAUCCCUCUGGCACAAUCGGAGGUUUUCGUGGCAGAAAUGCAGCGGUCUCACAAUGAUUGCAAGAUGAUUGCUUUUCCUCAGGUAAAUCAUCACUUCCUGCAUGCAAAGCCAGAGGUGGCAGAGCGCCACCUACUUGCACUUGGCAGUUUCCUACAGGAGGCUGGCGUCAUGCAUGGCUCUGCAGGAGAUUACAAGUGCAAGCAGUGA